GAGGGGAGGGGUAAAAAUGACAGGUGCCUGAAAGUUAUCCGUAAUAUAUGGUACUCUAAGGCGGAAUAGUUGUAAUUUGUAAAAUACUUUAAUGGUGUGGUAUUUUUCGAUUCCAAUCACAUUAAAGAACUAUAAUGUCGACGACAGAAGGAGAUUUGGAUAUAGAAGUGUCCCAUGAACUGGAAGAAGGCGAGUUAGAGGAAUCUGACGUUGAAGAAGGCACAUAUAUUCCCCUUGCACGACCAGAGACUUUUAACCCGCCGUCCUUAGUAAAUAUGCAGAUACAGGAUGAGUUGAGCGAUGAACCUUCUCAUGAGGAGUCAUCAGGCUCAGAAUCUGACGAGGAGCCACGCCGCAGAGCCAAGCGGACCAAGUUACGCUUACGAAGAUCACAUAAGCAGCAGCAACAGCAAACAAAACUAGAUAAAUAUAAUGUUUGGUGCAAAACAGUGCAGGAGGAUCUCUUAACAGAGGAUAUGGGAAGUAUAGAUGUGACAAAAAAAAGUGAUUAUGGUGUUGAAUCUUAUGAUUAUACAAUUAAGUAUAGGCUAGAUGAUAAUUAUGUAUCGAAAAAAGUUUUUUCAAAUGAUCAAAUACACAAUAGAGACAAUACAAGUAAUAAAAGGAGGCACAUUGAUAGGAAAAAUGUAAAAUUAAGACUUGGCAAAAAAGUAAAUUGUAAUCAGCCUCGGGAAGACAAACAAAAGCCAAGGUAUUUACCUAAUUUAACAGUCACUACAGAAGAUCCAAUAGAGAAUAUUGCAGAGGAAAUUGCAGAAAAAUUAGCUGAAUCAAAGAAGGAACUAGUUGUAAGAAUUCUUCAAGUGGUUGGUGCCAGUAAAGCAAUAGAAUUAUACAAAGAAACACAAAGAGUGGAAGCUGAUGGUGGCAUGCUUGUCAUGAAUGGUACUCGUCGCAGAACAUCUGGUGGUAUAUACUUCUUCCUCCUAAAGCAUGAUGAAGAUAUAUCACAGGCUAUGAUCAGUCAGAUAUUUGUUGAGGACCGGAAGACAUCAGCGCGCAAGGUCAAAAAGGCGCUUGCUAAGAAUCGUCAGAAAAUUAUGGAAGAAUUAAAACAGAGCUUAACAGAUUCUGAACUACCCUCACUUUUAUCCCGGGGUGAGGCGACCGUGCAGACAGAGCACGGCUCCAACCCUCCGCCAUCACCGGCGACAGACGCGCGCGAAUGCUCGAGCGACACGGACGCACCGCAAUCACCCUCGCAACCGCAGGCGAACCUGCCAGACAGGACGGACAGAGACCCCAGACAACUUCACACAUAUGAAGAUGACGACGACUUCUUAGAAGUAAUGUGUAAUGAAGAGAUGGAUCUUUUCUGAGUUUAUCUGGUGCUGUUAUUGCCUCAAAGUGGAUUUCUGAAGAAUUUUUAAUGUUCCACAUGCCUUGGUUUUUUAUGGUUCGUAAAAUUGUAAAUGAAUGUGGUGUAUGCAAUUUAGAUGUAUUGUUACUUUGAAUUGUUAUUGGGUGCUUGCAAAGAUUUGAUUAAAUAUUUCAUUAUGCAUGGAUGUUGAUAUAGUUGGUGCAGGCACCUGGAAUGAUGG